GUCUUCCUGCGUUAGAGUGUAUCUGUCCGACACACGGGAAAGAAGUCCAAUCGCGAAGUAAACGCGCGAGAAAAGCUCGAAUAAUUAUUAGCAACCUAGGCCAAGCAGUGGUACACCAUUGCCAGUGUUUUCACUCUUAUUUCCGUUUGAGUUUUCGGAUUAUCGUGGAGUCGUGGCCACAGAAUAACUCGGUUACGGUGCCACUUCAUAGACGGUGGAUUACGGAAAACAAUCAAGGAAACUUGACGGUCUAGGCCAGAAGGUUGUGCAACUGCUAGCUACUUUAGGGCUGAGAGAAAGAGGUACUUAAUUCUUUAUCGACGUCGUUACUAAAUCACUCCGAACGCUUUGUGUAGACCCCAAUCAAAAUCUGCACCAGCAAGUGUGUUUGAACGUUCGCGACUUUCGUGAGUUCAAUACAAACCCGCAUCCCCAUCGGUACUAGUGCUCGCUCCCGCCUCCGAGUGCGAGUAGAUUACUCGUCCAGUGCCUCAGUGCCCGAGCUAUUUAAUCCCCCGGCGCGCACUAAGUUCGCGAGUGCUCUCUCCCUCUGUGUGUGUGCGUGUGUUUGUACGUGUGCGCGCGCGCGUGUUCCUAGUGCGAGAGAGGAGGGAACCAGGAGGAGGAAUUGCCAGGAAUUUCGGGUACUCGAACCCGAAACCGCCGUUAGGAUUCAUCGUUCAACGUAUCACCAGUCCUCCUCCUACGAACCAAUUCGCAAGCAGCCACCGAAGGCCGCCUACCGCUACCAGCCAGUUGACGUUUCUUUCGGCACCAUUCCGGCUACAAUUGAAAAGAUAGCGGUUCCGUCGUCGGUCGGGUUGCGGAGCACAUAUCCUGCUGCUGGUUCGUUGCCAACCUCCAAGACGGAAGACCCCAGGCAAACGGGGACAGAGUCUCGUGCCACGGGGAGGGAAAAUCAAAUCCCCCCCGCUAGCCGACGCUGGGUCCCUCCAUCACUGAGACCGCAACAUGGACUCACCGAAGAGGCCAGAGUUGAUUCGAUCUUUCGAAAAGUACGCGGUAUUCUGAACAAGCUAACCCCAGAAAAGUUCCAAAAACUUAGUGAUGACCUGCUGAAGCUAGAUCUGAACUCGUCCAAGAUACUGAACGGUGUUAUCCUGCUGAUAUUCGACAAAGCCUUAGAUGAACCCAAGUACUCGUCUAUGUACGCACAGCUGUGCAAACGCAUCGAGAAAGAACUAGAGAUCGACAUUGACAACACCAAAUCGAACACCUUCCUGCAAAUUCUGCUGAACGUUUGCCGCGACAAGUUUGAGAACCGGGUGCAGUAUAGUGAGAAGAUCAUCAAUUCGGAACUCGCCCUCACAGAUGAUCUGGAGGAAAAGAAAAAUGUGGCCAAACAGAAGAUAUUGGGCAAUGUUAAGUUCAUCGGCGAGCUGUAUAAGCUCGACAUGCUCGGCGAGCCACAUCUGCACAAGAUGUUGCGCUCGCUCAUUACCAGCAAGUCCAGCGCGUCGACGGAGAAAAACUGCGAGGACAUGGAAUGCUUGGCACAACUCAUCAAGACCUGCGGAAAGAAUCUGGAUACAGAGCUGGGAAAACAGCUGAUGGAUCAGUACUUUGACCGGAUGGAACAGUACUCCCUGUCGAGCAAAUAUCCGCCUCGUAUCCGGUUUCUGUUGCGCGAUCUGAUCGAACUGCGCAAUAACAACUGGACACCACGGAAGGUGGCCCGCGUUGAAGGACCGGCUCCAAUCCAGGAGCUCACCAACGAGGACGACCUGGUGCUGCGGCCGUCGUUUGGCAUGCGGGGCCGCGACUAUCGCAACCAGGGCGACCGGGGCAACGAACGGGACUGGAUCACCAAGCUGACGCUGAACCCGUUGAACUUCAACGACAGCUUCAACCUGCUGAGCGUGUCGAGCCCGACGCCCCUGAUACCACCAACGUAUUCACCGUCGUCGAAUGGCUACGGCAACCGUGACCACCGCGAUAAUGGUGGCAGUGGAGGUAGCGGCGGCGGUGGUGGCAACUAUCGCAUGCACAACAACCGCAACGGUGGUGGACCGAACCACCAUCAGCAUAACAACUAUCACAGCAAUGGCAACGGCGGAGGUGGCAACAUGCGCUACAACAAGCACAACAACCACCACGGCGGCGGCGGUGGCGGAGGCGGUGGCCGAGAUGGUCAGAACCAUCACCACCAGAACCGGGAUGGACCGAAUGCUCACAAUUCGUCCUACUCGAACCGAGGCGACGGUAUGAUGAACAGCAAGGACCUGGCGCCCCGCUUCAAGCGCAAUCUGAUGACACCGCAGAACCCGGUUGAGGAUCUGCAGAUGCGCCCGACGCCGAACAGUCUGCUGUUCAAGACCCAGAACAUGAACAUGAAGACGCAGCUGCCAAUUUCCCAGACACCGUCGUCGCAAUCCGGCAAGGGAAGUGGCUACAGUGCACCACUUGGCGAUUUCCCAUCGCCUCUGACCACUCGCACGCUGCUCAGUGAACAACGAGCAGCUGCCACCGCUGGCAAUAGUGCCUUUGGGGCAAACGCCACCGGUAACGGCUCAUUCGCGUCAUCUGCCAGCUUCGGACCUGGACUAGGAAGCAGCUCAUCUGCAGGAGGACCCAACGGAACUGGUCUUGGCUCAACGGGAUCAGCUGGUCAGCAGAACGCUUCCAACAACUCCAGUCCCAGCCAACAGAAUCCCUUGGCUCGGAACAACCAACAGAACCUGUUGAAUGGAAAAUCUCAAUCGAAUCAACCUGCUGCUUCGGCUCCCAUCACGCCCAUCAACAACAUCCUGCAGAAGGAUCAGGUGAUCAUCAAACAGGCUGCCGUCGAAAAGGCCGAAAAGAAGAACAAGAAGGACAAAGGCCCCAACAAGGAGGAAUUCAUGAAGAAGGUCUCCGCAUUCGCUUCCGACGUGUUGGUGGACAAUCUCCAGAAACAAAUCGACGAGGACAAGCAGAAGAAGUCCCAGGACAAGGCAAUCGUAGAGAACGGUGCCGUCAAAGAAGUAGUCGUCGAAGUUGUUGAUCAGACCACCCCAGUCAACCCGGACACCGUCAACGAAGCGGAUCUCAGCGAAGAAAAGUCCGAAGACAGUGACAAAUCGUCCUCGGAGAAGGCGGAUGUCGGAUCGGAAACCGAAAAGCCCGAAGAACCAGAACAACCCAAACAGGACGAACGCUCGCUGAUGGACGAACUGGUGCACGAGUUCGCCGAGCUUAAGAUCCCGGAAAAGUUCAUGCGCGACUCGAUCGGCAAGAUCGUCAGCGAAAUUCUGGACAAGUCGGAUGCAUUCCACGAGAAGAUGAUUGCGUUCCUGCAGCGAUUGCGCAAGGAGAACAAGCUCUCGAACGGAGCGAUGCUAGAAUCGUUCAAGGCGCUGGUCAACUCGAUGAACGAAAAGGAGAAGACCAUCCCCAAGAUCACCACCAUCGUGGCGUCGCUGCUAUCGCGGGCAGUGUCCGUGCGUCUCUGCAAGCUGUCCGACAUUUCCAACUACACCGACAACGGCCAGCACUAUCCGCUGUUCCUGCUGGUGCUGCAGCAGCUGCACAAACAGCUCGGCAAGCAGCCCCUGCAGGAAAUGUUCCAACAGAGCAAGGUGAACCUGAUGACCAGCCUGCCCGAAAGCGACCGCACCAAGGACCGCAUGGCGGAGAUCCUGGAGGAUCGCAACCUGAGCUUCCUGUAUCCGCUGCUGCGAGUGCAGGCCGAACUGUGGAAGCAGAUCCAGGCCGACGCCAACCCGCAGCAGUUCUACAAAUGGAUCAAGGAGAACGUGGAAGCCAGCUGCUAUACGGAUCCGGGAUUCAUCACCGCGGUCAUGACCGUGCUGCUGAAGUACAUCAUGCAGGAAUCGUCCAAGUGUGCGGAUGAGAAGCAGUCGGUGGAGAAGGAGAAGGAAAUCCUGCGGAAGUACUGCCCGGUGCUGAACGCGUUCCUGAAUGGCAACAACGAUCUGCAGCUGGUUGCGAUCUACGCCAUGCAGGUCUACUGGUACAGCAUCGAUUUUCCCAAAGGAGUCCUGCUGCGUUGGUUCUGCGACUUCUACGAGCUGAGCGUCAUCGAGGAGGAUGCCUUCCUGCGCUACAAGGAGGACGUCACCGACAUGUACCCGGGCAAGGGUAAGGCCCUGUUCCAGGUCAACCAGUGGCUCACCUGGCUGGCCGAGGCCGAGGACGAAGACGAAGAGGACGAAGAGUAAGCGGGGAGAGCGGUGAUGAAGCGCGAGUUGUUGGAUGAAGCGAUAUAUUUUUUUAUUGACUGUAUGUGUAAAAACCCCUUCUCAGAUGUUUUAACAGCUAAUUUUUGCGAACUGCAACAAGAUUUAUUUUUAUACACAUAUAAACACCAAAACGAUGUGAUCGGUAAAUCGAUUGGAUUCGUGGUAGAAAUUUUGUUUCGUUUCUGUUCUUCCGAUGAUCAAACUAUUAUUGUGAAAAUUUAAUUGUGAUCCUUAGUUAGAGCUUGGUUCGUGUUCGAGAGAGAUUGUGUUGAUUUGUUCGGUGUGUGGAUGGGUUCAAAAUGUGGGAUAUCUUAAAUCAGUAAUCACAGAUGGUGUUCUUGUCCGAAAAGGACGGACUUUUAAUUGAUAGUUCAAUUUAUGCAGCAGCAGUAACUCAGUAAAAGGAUAAUAGCGGAAUCACUAUAAUUUCCACUCUGAGCAUUAGAAGAAAAGAUUCCGCAAACUAUGUAGUCUUGCGAUGAUAUCAACCUUAUUCCUAGAAUGAAAGUGCAAUUGGUGACGAUAUGUGUCCGAAAUAGAUUAUUCACCCCCUAACUCCCCACAAGUACGAGUGUUUGUGACUGUUACAGUAGCGUUUAGUUUCUUUCCGUAGGCAUUAACCACGCGUAUUACAAUAAAUUAUAUUGUGACAGUAGUACAGUGUAAUUAGUCAUUUGAUUUUUGUCUGCACCAUUGAAGAUUAACCGUUCGCUCUAGAGAAGCAUUCACUCUUUCACCGCAUAAUGUAUCAUAAAUAGAAAAAGGACAAUUUACAAUCGCCCCUUCCCACUAAAAGAUACGGCCGCCUAAUUUUUCCAAAAGGGCUUUAGGCCUAAGUCUAACUGCAUACUGCAAAUAUUAAAUAUAUUACACAAGUAGAGUUAAUAGUUCAAAGCAAAACUUAUCACACUCGUGUCAAUAGACGAAUCCAUGGCAGCUGGGUAGCGUCACGGAUGACCUUAAACACACACAGACAUUCACGGGCAAACGUGCUGAUCCUAGGAUUCUAGGUGAAUUCACUGAACAAAAGUCUUCUUUGCCAGAGGGCGCAUCAGAUCACCCCCAAAACUGCAUACUCUCUCAUUCUCGAUCAGCGAUGGAGAGUUUGCUGCUAAAAAAGAAGACUGAUUCGGACGGAAAAAAGAAAUCCUUUCGUCCGGAAAACAAAACGCCGUUGAAGAACCCAAAGCGAAGGUGAAGAAUACGUAGCACGUAGGUAGUUUAAAAGUAUGGAUAUCUAGCUAAUUAACUAAAUGGAAUUUACUUCCCCAAUCUACCCGGAAACCCCCAAUUAACACAGCAAAAUCGUCAGAUAAGCGCACGCCUUCCUAGAACAAACCCCAAAAACAACGCCAGAACCAUGCCCUCCCCAUCUUCCCAAAUAAAAUAACUCAAAGCCUUUCGUUUCUGAUCUCCAAUCGAUCCAACACAUCCACCGUUCAUCCCUUUUGCAAAUGGACACAUUAAAACAAAAUCGUUACAAAUCCUUGUGAUUUCAUGCAAUACAAAGCUGCAGUACACUGUUAGAAAGGAAUAUCAAAUGAAACAGAACAGUAAUUUUAAUUUAGUGUCAUUACUACAAAAAAAAAACACAAGUUAAAGAGGGAGGAAAUUCGAAUUGCACCGCCUAAUAACCUAUCGUCGGAAAACGAAGACAAAACACAAAACUGCUGCUAAAAAAACAGAAAACAGGUGAAACCAUUUGAGGUGCGAUCGUUUAAAUCAUCCCUAAAAGCAAUCGUGCUAGAGUCGAACAUAAAAUUGUCCAUUUAUAGGUACGAUUGAAUUGAAAAGAUUAAAGUUGAGACUCAGAAAAGCGAGUGAUUAGUAGUGAAAAAUCGACUUGGGACGGACCACAAUUGUGUCACAAAAAGCAACCACUCAGAAUGAAAAUGAAUUAACCCAAAGGGGCAAACCCAAUAAUGGCAGAAUGAGCAAAAUUAAGCGAAAAGCAAA